GGUCAGGGCUGAGCUGGCCAGGACAGGGACACGGCGCUGGUGAAAGAGGGGGUCUUGAGAGUGGGCGCCCGCAGCGCGCGGACCUGGCGGCGCCAGAGUUGGGGCCCCGGAACUGGGAACUGGGGGCGCUGGCAGGGGCUGCGAGCUUCGGGACGGAUCAGGAAGUGCGGCGCAUCGGAGCCCGCCGGCUGGGGAUCAAACCUUGGACCUCUGCCGCGCGCCCCGGGCUUCUCCUCCAGCCUCACCUCUACCCACUUGGACUCCGGCUCCGGCUUGUGCUCCCGGCGCCCGGGACGCUGAAGCCGGCUGGGGUGGAAAGAAAGCAGAUUAUUCUGAGCUGAAGUGGUUCUUCUUCAGGGAGCACCCUGAGUGCAGGGAGAGGGCUACUUAGCGACUCCCCACUCUUGUUUCCGUAAGAAAAUCUUCAACCCACCCUUAGAAGGGCUGGACAGUGACCAGAUAUUUCAUAAAGGGCAUGCAGGAGGGGUGGGCACAGAAAAGACCCUCCCCUCCGAACCAGGAGCUCUCGGUAAUGCAGACUUAUCAGACCUCGAAAGGGCCAGUAGAGUUGGUCAUCCCUUGAAUCACUUUGCCAGUUCCGUACCGAGGGCCGCCCAGUCAGGGGGCAGAGCUGUAACCUCGGUGGCAGGGGCGCUGCAGCCAUUUGAUCGGGAGGAGCCUUUGUCUUAACCCCCAGCCCCCUUCUGUUAAGUCCUCGGCCGGGUCAGUAGCGCGUGGAGUAAUUAAUAUUCUGAACAUUAGCCGUCCCUUCACGCCAGCACCAGCCAACACUGCUGUCCCCUCCUGCGGGCUUUCUUCAGCACUUGCGCACGUCCUCUCCUAGGCCAAAAACAUGGAACGUGGUCCAGAGCCUCCAGGCAAGAGGAGGUCACUAGACGCACUAUAGCGCAGUCGCGUAAAAUCAAGGGUUAAGUGUUCAAACCUGCACCCGCCCGCCCGCGAGGAGACGGAAGAACUUUCUUGAUUAGCAUAGUAUCUGCCCUGGGGCCGCAUUGCCAGGCGGCAGCUUGGUCCCAGCGAGGUGAAGCGUGCAAUUCUGUCUCGAUUGAGCUUUGACACAGCAGCUUUGACACAGCAGCACCUGCUUCAGUCUGAAGGUCCUGAGCCUUACAGAUUUGCCGAAGGAGACACUGUGGAAUGAAACAGAACAGAGAUCAAAAGUAUCCCAUUUCUCAGAGGAAUAUUUCAUCUCGACAGCCAGGGAGAGAGCCUGGAUGCUCGAGCUGGGGAAUGGCGGUCAAUGUGUAUUCUACCUCGAUAACCCAAGAGACUAUGAGCAGACAUGACAUCAUUGCAUGGGUUAAUGACAUAGUAUCUUUAAACUACACGAAGGUGGAGCAGCUUUGUUCAGGAGCAGCCUACUGCCAGUUCAUGGACAUGCUGUUUCCAGGCUGCAUUAGUUUGAAGAAAGUAAAAUUUCAAGCAAAGCUGGAGCAUGAGUAUAUUCACAAUUUCAAACUUCUGCAAGCAUCAUUUAAGCGCAUGAAUGUUGAUAAGGUGAUUCCAGUGGAGAAGCUAGUGAAAGGGCGUUUCCAGGACAACCUGGAUUUUAUUCAGUGGUUUAAGAAAUUCUAUGAUGCUAACUAUGAUGGGAAGGAGUAUGAUCCCGUAGAAGCACGACAAGGGCAAGAUGCAAUUCCUCCUCCUGACCCUGGCGAACAGAUCUUCAACCUGCCCAAGAAGUCUCACCAUGCAAACUCCCCUACUGCAGGUGCAGCUAAAUCAAGUCCGGCAUCUAAACCAGGAUCCACACCUUCUCGUCCCUCAUCAGCCAAAAGGGCUUCGUCUAGCAGCUCAGCAUCCAAAUCUGAUAAAGAUUUAGAAACACAAGUCAUACAGCUUAAUGAACAGGUACAUUCGUUAAAACUUGCCCUUGAAGGCGUGGAAAAGGAAAGGGAUUUCUACUUUGGAAAGUUGAGAGAGAUUGAGCUGCUCUGCCAGGAGCACGGGCAGGAAAACGAUGACCUCGUGCAACGACUAAUGGAAGUCCUGUAUGCUUCGGAAGAACACGAGGGCCACCCGGAGGAGCCGGAAGCAGAGGAACAAGUCCACGAACAGCAGCCCCCGCAGCAGGAAGAGUACUGAACCGUCUCGGCAGCUCUCCACACUUCCGUUUUGGUGGGAACUUUUCUUCUGGAGAAUUGGAACACGUGUGGCCUCAAGCUCAUCAGAAACCAAUUGUUCCCAGUCUGCUGUUCCAUCGACGCGCCAGCGCCCGCGCCAGCCACCGCGCUCAGUUCCCAUUUCCUUUGCCAAGACACACUAGCAGCGGCCGUGGGCGGCCUCCCUGAGACAUCACGGGGUCACAUACCUUCAACUUCACCACUUGGCUGCUUGAGAUUGGUUCUGUUCUUUGCGUUUCUUUCCAGAACAACUCUCCCCACCCCCGCCACCACCCCCACCACCCCCUUUUUAUCCUGGUGUGAAACAUUGGUAAUUUGAUAUAUGGUAUUUAUAUUGGCAUUUCUCAACCCAGUGUCACUAGAUGUCACACACAUUUGUGGUGCUUUGAUGUUUGCAAGUCUAACCUCUGAACAUAAAUUUGGUCAAAUAAUAAAUUGGAACAAAGGGAAAGAGAUACUUGAUAUGAAAGCCAUAAUGACAGUGACUUGUUUCAUGGGGAAAAACACAAAGUCAGUUUCUCCCUCUACUCACAAAAAGGGAAAAAAAAAAGGAAUCGAAACUAGGACUUCAGGGCCCGGCAGUGUCCACACAUCAGCAUGUUAGACAACCACACAUUUUGUUGUUAGGUUUGAAAGACACUCACUCAAGAAAAACACCAUCUCCACUUGGCCCUCUAACUGCCUGCCCUUUCUGUCCCCUCCCCCACCCAGGUUCUCAUGCUAUUUUCUUUCUCAGGGUCUCUUUGGUGGGCAGCCAUUCUUCCAAAAGCUGUCAUCAGUUGUCUGCAGUUAGAGGGGGUCUGCAUGGGCACAGGUCCUGCCACCUCCUUGUGUGGGUUUCAGCCCAAAUCCUGCCAUCCACACUGGGAGAUUCCUACCAAGAAUGACUUCAGGGUGUGCAGCCCCGAGCAGCAGGGCUGUGCAUCGAGCCGCACACCUGCUGGAAGGCUAGAAGUGAAGACCUUACGAAUAGGAGCCUAAGCCCAAGGGAGAAUCCUGGUUCUAAAGUCUGGUAUUGACACUGGAAUGACAGCACAGAAAAAUCUCUCACUCCCAAUGCCUUCUGAAAUAAGGAAUUACCCUUUUUAAUACCAUGGCCCUCCUAGUCAUUGACCUUUGCUAAACCGUGGCAAGUCAUAAAUAGAGGAAUCAAUGAAUUAAAAGCAUUCCUUAUUUUUUUUAACUAAUAUUUGCACAUUUUCUUAGUAUCUUUCCAAAUCUUCGCCUCUUUUUUUCCCCUUUGACAGAAGGUUUCCCUUCCUGGAUCAUUCAUUUCACUUGGUUUCUAACUUUAGGUUUUCUUUCACUUGUUAUUUGACUUAGCAGGUGCAACAAAAACAAAGUGUGCCCACCCCACUUUCCUCUUAACUGAAAAGCUUAAAAUAAAUUUCUGAAUUAUGUAUCAUAAAGCUUUGACAUUUCUUUAUUAACUGAUGAAAUACUAGUUCUGAAGUCUAGCAUUGAAGCUUUCCACCAAAAGAAGUCUUCUCAAUAUAAGUUUUUUGCGGCAAAGUGGUAUUUAUUGAGUUACAUGUGAAAGAGACUGCUUGUAUUUUUGAGGUUAUUACAAACACACUGUGCAGAAUUGGACAGAUGUUCCGUGGUGUUUGGUUUCCCUUUCUUCUCUCUCCUGCUUGCUCUGUGCUACAGCGGCAGCUUGUUUCUCUCAGGCUGGAAAGCCUGGCUCUCCGCAGUGACAUCCUCCCACACCUGGUUGCAGGGAGUGGUCGUGGCUAUAUGCAGCAUCAUGCUUAAGAGUGUGUUUCCCCCAAGCCUGCUGCACUCACUGAGUUUCCAUCUUUAUACAUUGCUCUUGUUAAGAGGUACAAUAAAUAAUUCCAUGCAGGUGAUCCUUCUAAUGGUUCCCAAGCAGUUCUUUGCUGGCCCCGUACAUGUCAGUAACACCUAGUGCCAGGUGGAUCUUGACCCGCAAUUCCCAUCAUGUGGUGCACGUGGUUACUGCGUAAUGUGCAUAAGCCUUACCAGUGACACUCAGCCACUCCGUUCCUCCACCAGAUCCCCAACUUUCUCGGCUAUAAACAUACUGGCCAGAUAUCUUGCAGAAUUAACCCUCCCCAGUCAUCAUACUCUCUUCUCCUUCCUGGAAUCUGGGGCAGACUAUUCGUUUCCCUAGAAAAGCUAGAUAUUUCUCUUCCUGUUCCCAUCUGAAACCUCUCCCAUUGUGCUUCACCACGCGGGACACACUGAUGCUCGGGGGAAUCUCUGACAGCUAAGCUUCUCAGUCCUCUUGGGCUGCACCCCAGCUUCUGUGCAGACCACCUCUCAUUUCCCAGGGCUGCUCCUUUCUCCCUGAUGGCUACACCCCAUCUCUCAUCUCGACAUCCAGCACGCGCUUUCCCCAUGCCCCCGCCCCCAUCCCAUGUUGUCGUGCUGGGCCAAGAAGCAUCCCUUGAUGUGUGCUCUGCUCUGCCCUUCAGAAGCCGAACUUCAGUCUUAGUGUCCCUUCCCACCCGCCACGGCUGGUUAUAGCACUUCCACUGCUUGUAUCAGGUAGGAAGUGAUUGAAGCAGGGGGUAAAGAGAGCUCGUCGUCUUUCUAAGCAGAAAAGCAGAAAAAGACAAGACAUACCCUGUUGACCUGAGAGAAGUAAACUCCAGAAGGGAACCAAGAACUCCUCUCUUCCCUGGUGAGUAUUUCCAUUAUUCCGUUAAGGUUUAAUAUGCAUUCAGAUUACUUUUACUAAAUAGUACACCAUAAAGCUUUUGUUAUAUAUUAAAUGUAAACUGAGAGGAAUGUAAACUUAUGUAUUGUUAAUUAUAAAUAUAGAUAAGUAAUGACAUAAUAGAUGAAAAAGUCUUAUUCAGAUGUAUCGCAUUCAUUUUACAUUACCCACCCCUUGUCGCAUGGUAGAAUAGUUUUUUUUGUCUCUGAAUAUGUGAAUAACUUGACUUGCGUUUAUCUUUUUACAUAUUUAAUAAAAAAAGUAUAUGUUAAAAUCGA